UCUCUCUCAUUUUUCCAUUCAUUGCAAGAAACUGGCAGUUACAAUCAUUCUGUCCUAUAUAUACAUAUAUGUAUGUAUAUAUAUGUUCAUCACUAUCUAGCAAAUAACAGAGUGGAAGGUUUGAUUAUUUGUACUGGUUAUGCCUUGAUGAUAUCUGUUGUGGACUCUCCUUCCAACCUAGAGGAUGGAGAGCGUUGGCUACCUUCUUCCCUCAUCAAUGCACUUGAUUCUCCAAACCCUAAGCUUCCAUACACCACCAACUACUAUGAUAACAUGCUUCAUUCUCCUUCUCAGCUGUAUCAAAUCAACCAUACUGCUGCUGCUGCUGUUCCAUCUUUUCUUAAUGUUUCCUCAAAUGUUCAGAUUUUGGAUGCUUCAUUUCCUAUCAUGCCAAAUGGAGGUGGCAGUCGAGUUCCAUAUGCUGGACAUCAUCAUUAUGCGUCGUGGAACUUUGGCCCCCCAGCUUUAUCCUUAUUACCUCUUCACCAUGAAGGUAUCGAGAGAAGAAGAGCAAUGGAUUUCUUUGGCAAAUGUGAAGGAACUGGCGUUUUCCUUCCUCGACGUGCCCGAUUCGUCAAAGAAGUUGGAGAAUCCGCUGCUGAGAGUACUGGGACUGGAGCUUUCUUUAAUCAUGAUGUUGAGGUUCCUGGUCGAAAGAAAAGGAGGAAUAAAAAGAAUCAUCAAAGGAAGUUUCUCAACAAAGAUGAAAAGAAAGCAGAAGAGUCUCCAAGUCCAUCAUCUGAGCUUGAGAUAUGCUUACCAGAGGAGUGGACAUACUAAAUUAUUCUAUCAAGUGGCUCCUCUGUAGUAGCUCUCAUUGGAAUAGAG